CGUCAUCAUAACGCGACGGACUGUGAGGGUCAAUGAAGCCAGAAGAGGAGAUGGCUGACCGAAAACUCCUGAUACUGUUUGGGAGUCAGACAGGAACAGCUGAAGAUACGGCUGAGAGGAUUGGCAGAGAAGCCAAACGCCGGCAUUUUUCCUGCAAAGUGGAAGCUCUUGACAGCUACAAUGUGGCAAAUCUGAUUAAAGAGCCCUUGGUGAUAUUUGUCUGUGCAACCACAGGACAAGGCGAUCCUCCUGAUAAUAUGAAGAAUUUUUGGAGGUUCGUUUUUCGAAGGAAUCUUCCUCAAAAUUCCCUCUGUCAGAUGGAUUAUGCAGUCCUGGGCCUUGGGGAUUCGUCAUAUCCAAAGUUUAACUUCAUCGCCAAAAAACUUCAUAAGCGUCUAAUGCAGCUUGGAGCCAGUCCCAUCCAACCUGCGGCACUGGGAGAUGAUCAGCAUGAACUGGGACCAGAUGCGGUUGUGGAUCCUUGGCUGAAAGAUCUGUGGUUAAAGAUUGUGUCAUUGUAUCCUCUACCUGCAGGCCUCAGUAUAAUCCGUGACAAUGUGAUGUUACCACCAAAGUUUUCUCUUCACUUCCUGGAUAAGGAUUCAGCAGCACAGGAUAGUAAUGGCGAAGUCUUUCCAAGGCAGAGAGAUUGUAACACAGAAACGCCAUCAGAGUUGCAUCCGUUUCACGCACCACUUGUCACCAACCAGAGGGUGACGGCAAAGGACCAUUUUCAGGAUGUGCGUCUUAUCGAGUUUGACACAACAGGUUCCGGCAUUGAGUUUUCACCCGGAGAUGUGGUGAUGAUUCAGCCACGGAAUUCUCCCCAACAUGUACAACAUUUCUGCAGCCUUCUACGUCUGGAACCAGACAGGAAGUUUACUUUGAUACCCCAGGAUUCAGCCAUACCAGUCCCUGCGCACCUUACUCAGCCUUGCACCAUACAGUAUCUUGUAGAGAGGUACCUGGAUAUUUGCUCCGUGCCCCGACGCUCCUUCUUUGAGCUGUUGUCCCACUUCUCUCCAGAUGAGAUGGAGAGGGAGAAGUUGCAGGAGUUCAGUUCUGCUUCUGGACAGGAUGAGCUGUAUACGUACUGCAACCGACUACGUCGGACCACUCUAGAGGUUCUCAUUGAUUUUCCACACACUACCUGUUGCAUUCCAGCCGAUUACCUACUUGACCUCAUUCCCCGUAUGCGUCCGCGAGCAUUCUCCAUUGCUUCGUCCCUACAGGCGCAUCCUAAUAGAAUCCAGAUCCUCAUGGGCGUGGUUCAAUAUAAAACUAAACUGCAUGAACCAAGGCGUGGCCUGUGCUCUUCCUGGCUGGCUUCUUUUAGCCCUGAUAAGGGUAAAGUGCUUGUUCCUCUAUGGGUGAAGAAAGGCAGCAUGAAGUUCCCUUCAGAUCCAUUAAUCCCCACUGUGAUGGUUGGACCAGGGACGGGGGUGGCACCAUUCCGUGCAGCUAUACAGGAGAGGGUGGCACAUGGUAAACCAGGUAGCUGUUUGUUUUUUGGAUGCCGGGGUGAAUCAAAAGACUUCUACUUCCAUGAAGAAUGGGAAGAUUUGGUGAAAAAAGGAUUCCUGGAGCUGAUUACGGCGUUCUCUCGAGAUCAGGAGGAUAAAAUAUAUGUGCAACACAAAAUAAAGGAGAACGGACCACUCUUGUGGGAUUUAAUCCAUAACAAACAAGGCUGCUUCUUCAUUGCAGGAAAUGCUAAAUCAAUGCCAACAGAGGUGACGGAAGCGUUGAAGUCUGUGUUACAGUCGGAAGGUGGAAUGACUUCUAUAGAGGCUGAGCAGUAUCUGGUCAUGAUGGAGAAAGCUCGACGAUUCCAGUCUGAAACUUGGUCUUAAAGGACCCGUAUUUCACAUUUUGUUCCGCUAUGUAACCACACCAAGCGAGGAUAGACAGGAUCAGGGGGAAAUCUUCUAGUAUCAAUGAACACUAUCUGAUCAGGUACUUGGAGAGGACACUGCUGAGGUCUGAAUUCACUGUGGACUGAUAAAGGAGCUAAAACUCCAAAUGACUAUUUAUUGCACUGAUACCAGUUUAAUGAGCUACAGGAUAAACACCUCUCUAUUAGUAAAACACAAA